AUUAAGUCUAAUGAUGAAGUGGUCCUACAGUGUUCUGCUACAAUCUACAAGGAGCAACAGAAACUCUGCCUGGCUGCUGAAGGCUUCGGAAACAGGCUGUGUUUCCUUGAAUCAAUAUCCAACUCCAAGAAUGUACCUCCAGAUCUCUCAAUAUGUACUUUCGUGUUGGAGCAGUCACUGUCAGUUCGUGCCCUUCAGGAGAUGUUGGCCAGCAAUGAAGACAAGACUGGGGGAACAAUCCAAGCGGGUGGACAUCGCACUUUAUUAUAUGGACAUGCGAUCCUUCUACGUCACUCGUACAGUGGAAUGUACCUGUGUUGUCUGUCCACUUCCCGAUCAUCCACAGACAAAUUGGCUUUUGAUGUGGGGCUGCAGGAAGGCACCACAGGUGAGGCAUGCUGGUGGACCAUUCAUCCAGCAUCAAAGCAACGCUCUGAGGGGGAGAAGGUUAGAGUUGGGGAUGAUCUGAUUUUUGUGAGCAUCUCGUCUGAGAGAUAUCUGCAUCUAUCCUAUGGCAAUCAUUGCCGAAAUGUAGACGCAGCCUUCCAGCAGACACUCUGGAGCAUUACCCCAAUCUGUUGUGGCAGUGAAGUAGCACAAGGUUUCCUGAUAGGUGGGGAUGUCUUGCGCCUCCUUCAUGGUCACAUGGAUGAGUGUUUAACCGUUGCAUCUGAAGAACAUGGAGAAGAACAGAAGAGAACCGUGCAUUAUGAAGGUGGAGCAGUGGCCAGUCAUGCCAGGUCCCUGUGGAGGCUGGAGACACUGCGAGUUCUGUGGAGUGGUAGUCAUAUUCGCUGGGGCCAGCCGUUCAGACUGAGACAUGUGACUAGCGGGAAGUAUCUGAGUCUGAUGAAAGAGAAAUCCUUACUACUGAUAGAAAAAGAAAGGGCAGAUGUUAAGUCAACAGCCUUUUGUUUCAGAUAUUCCAAGGAAAAGGUUGACGUCGGUGUUAAAAAGGAAGUGGAUGGAAUGGGUACCCCUGACAUUAAAUAUGGUGACUCAGUAUGUUACAUUCAACAUGUAGACACCGGUCUGUGGCUCACAUACCAGACUGCUGAUGCAAAAUCUGCACGCAUUGGUGACAUUCAAAGAAAGGCCCUCAUGCACCAUGAAGGUCACAUGGACGAUGGGCUGACGUUAUCUCGGUCACAGCAUGAAGAGAGCCACACAGCCAGGGUCAUCCGCAGCACUGUGUUAUUGUUCAACCUGUUCAUCAGGAGUCUCGAUACACUAAGAACAAAAGGAAAGAGCACAACUUUUGAUAUACCAAUCGACUCAAUCAGUCUGAGUCUUCAGGAUCUGAUUGGCUACUUCCAGCUACCCGGUGAUCAACUAGAACAUGAAGAUAAGCAGAAUCGCCUAAGAGCUCUGAAGAACAGACAAAACCUCUUCCAAGAAGAGGGAGUGAUUGCCUUGGUCCUGAAGUGUAUCGAUCGACUCCAUGUCUACAGCAGCGCAGCCCAUUUUACAGAAGCAGCUGGAAGGGAGGUCGGAGAGGCAUGGAGCUCCAGCCUCAACUCUCUCUACCAACUAUUGGCUGCACUCAUCAGGGGGAACAGAAAGAACUGUGCUCAGUUUUCAGGUUCCUUAGACUGGCUUAUCAGCAGACUGGAGAGACUGGAGGCCUCCUCCGGCAUAUUGGAAGUGCUUCACUGUGUGCUAGUCGAGAGUCCUGAAGCACUGAACCUGAUCAAAGAGGGGCACAUCAAAUCCAUUAUAUCUCUUCUGGAUAAACACGGACGCAACCACAAGGUUCUUGAUGUGCUGUGUUCACUUUGUGUUUGCCAUGGUGUAGCAGUACGCUCAAACCAGCACCUGAUCUGUGACAAUUUACUGCCAGGAAGAGACUUGUUACUUCAGACACGCCUGACUAAUUACGUAAGCAGCAUGUGCCCUAAUAUCUUUCUGGGUGUCAGUGAAGGCUCUGCGCAAUAUAAGAAGUGGUACUAUGAGCUGAUUGUAGACGAAGUACUGCCAUUCGUCACAGCUGAGGCAUCUCACCUCAGGGUGGGCUGGGCCAACACGACUGGCUACAUGCCCUGCCCCAGUAGUGGUGAGGGUUGGGGCGCCAAUGGAUUGGGUGAUGACCUGUACUCCUUUGGCUUUGAUGGACUCCAUCUUUGGUCAGGCUGUAUUGCAAAGACCGUUAGCUCACCCAAUCAGCACCUUCUGAAAGCAGAUGAUGUGGUGAGCUGCUGCUUAGACCUUAAUGUGCCCAGUAUCUCCUUCAGGAUCAACGGCCAACCGGUUCAGGGCAUGUUUGAGAAUUUCAACUCAGAUGGCCUCUUUUUUCCUGUUGCUAGUUUUUCUGCUGGAGUGAGGUUUCGUUUCCUCCUUGGGGGCCGCCACGGGGAGUUUAAGUUCCUCCCUCCUCCGGGCUAUGCGCCGUGCUUUGAGGCCGUGUUGCCCAGAGAGAAGCUAAAGCUUGGGCUAUGUCAGCACCAGACUGCAGCUGGAGACCUUUUAGGGCCCACUGUCACCAUGAGCCAAGCAGCAUUCACACCCGUCCCUGUGAACACCAGCCAGAUUGUUUUGCCAUUUCACUUAGAAAGGAUCAAGGAGAAGCUUGCAGAAAACAUCCAUGAGCUGUGGGUGAUGAACAAGAUCGCACUGGGCUGGACCUAUGGUGUAGUACGAGAUGACACAAAGCGACAACAUCCUUGUCUGGUGAAGUUCUCCAAGUUGCCGGAACAGGAACGGAGUUACAACCUGCAGAUGUCUGUGGAAACGCUCAAAACCCUUCUUGCACUGGGGUGCCAUGUUGGUCUUGCAGAUGAACAUGCUGUGGAGAAAGUUAAAAGUAUAAAUUUGUCAUCAAACUAUGAGUUGUCCAGCGGUUACAAACCCGCUCCUCUGGACCUGGGUCACAUCAAACUGACCUCCACCCAGGAAGCCAUGGUAGACAAAUUAGCUGAAAAUGCACACAAUGUUUGGGCAAGAGACCGUAUUCGCCAGGGUUGGACCUAUGGCAUUCAACAGGAUGUGAAGAGUCGCAGAAAUCCUCGUCUUGUGCCCUACAGUUUCUUGGAUGAGAGAACCAAAAAGUCAAAUAAAGAUAGUCUGAGAGAAGCUGUCAGAACUCUGUUGGGUUAUGGAUACAACCUAGAAGCUCCUGACCAGGACCACACUCACUUUGAUCAUAGCAAUAUGUCUGCUGAAAAAUUCCGGAUCUUCAGAGCCGAGAAAUCUUACUGUGUGAAUGCAGGAAAGUGGUACUUUGAGCUGGAGGUAUUGACAGCAGGAGAGAUGAGGGUUGGCUGGGCAAGACCAGGAUGUCUACCAGAUCUAGAAUUGGGUUCUGACGAACAGGCCUUUGUCUUUGAUGGAUUCAAGGCUCAGCGAUGGCACCAGGGAAAUGAGCACUUUGGGCGUGCCUGGCAGAUAGGCGAUGUCGUUGGUUGCAUGGUGGACCUGAAUGAACACACCAUGAUGUUCACUCUUAAUGGAGAAGUGCUGCUUGAUGACUCCGGCUCUGAACUGGCUUUCAAAGACUUUGACGUGGGAGAAGGUUUCAUCCCUGUGUGCAGUUUGGGCGUGAGCCAGGCUGGAAGGAUAAACUUUGGUAAACACGUCAGCACCCUGAAAUUCUUCACCAUAUGUGGACUGCAGGAAGGCUAUGAACCUUUUGCUGUCAACAUGAAUCGCGAUGUCACAAUAUGGCUCAGUAAAAGGCUCCCUCAGUUUGUACCAGUACCUUCUGACCACCAACAUAUACAGGUGACAAGGAUAGAUGGAACAGUGGAUUCAUGUCCUUGUCUGAAGGUCACACAAAAGUCAUUUAGCUCACAGAACAGCAACACGGACAUUACCUUCUACAGACUCAGUAUGCCCAUUGAAUGUGCUGAAUCCUCAAGGUCUUCAUCUAACGGCAGUGUCUUGUCACUGAAGACAGAGCUAGAAGACUUUGAAACUGACUUUGAGGUCCUAAUAAAGACAGCUCCUGGCCAAAAUUUUCCAUGUGGUCCGGACAGAGGUGAAUUCAACAACCACAAAGAUUACAACCAAGAAAAAACCUCCAAGCUCAAACAAAGGUUCCUGCUGAAGAAAAAUAAACCAGAUACCUCCCCUGCCUGUCUGUCAGAAGAUGUGGUGGUUGAUGACAGGCAUGAAUAUGAAUCACCACUUAUUCAAGCAUCGACGCACUCAUAUUCCAUAAGGAUUUUCCCUGGACAAGAACCUGGCAGUGUGUGGGUGGGCUGGGUAACCUCUGACUUUCAUCAGUAUGAACCUGACUUUGGUCUGGACAAGGUCCAAACAGUAACAGUGACUUUAGGAGAUGAGAAAGGCAAAGUUCAUGAGAGUAUAAAGCGUGGUAACUGCUAUAUGGUGUGGGCUGGAGAGAGCAGCAAUCCAGAAGGCAGGCGUAAUGAUGGUUUAGAGAUUGGAUGUUUGGUUGACACAGUCAACGGACUGUUGUCUUUUACCGCCAACGGCAAAGAGCUUAGCACAUACUAUCAGGUGGAGCCCAGUACGAAACUCUUCCCAGCCGUCUUUGCCAAGGCCACCAGCCCCAAUGUCUUCCAGUUUGAAUUAGGCCAAAUUAAGAAUGUUAUGCCUCUGUCUGCGGGUUUAUUCAUAAGUGAGAGGAAGAAUUCAGUCCCUCAAUGUCCUCCCCGACUUCAUGUCCAGUUUCUCACUCCUGUAUCAUGGAGUCGUGUUCCCAAUCACUAUCCCAAGGUUUCAGUGUCACGAGUGAAUGACCGACAUGGCUGGCUGAUCCAUUGUAAUGAGCCGUUGCAGUUUUUGUCUCUGCACAUACCCGAAGAGAACAGGUCACUGGAUGUGCUGGAGCUAUCAGAAAGAACGGACCUGUUAAAGUUUCACUAUCAUACCCUCAGAUUGUAUUCUGCAAUUUGUGCUUUGGGAAAUAACCGGGUUGCUCAUGCCCUUUGCUCCCACGUGGAUGAGGCACAGCUUCUGCAUGCUAUAGAAAGUAAAUAUAUGCCUGGUUUGCUUCGUACAGGCUACUAUGAUCUGUUGAUUGAUAUCCACCUGAGCAACUACGCGACCGCUCAUCUCAUGAUGAACAAUGAGUACAUUGUUCCUAUGACCGGUGAAACCAAGAGUAUUACCCUCUUUCCCGAUGAGGGAAAAAAACACGAGGUGCCAGGCAUUGGGCUUAGCACUUCCCUGAGACCAAGAAUGCACUUUUCAUCACCGAGUGUCGUCUGUGGAUCAAUAGAUUCUUGCCAGUACAGCCCUGAAUUCCCUUUGGACGUACUAAAAACAAAAACAGUCGAGAUGCUGACAGAGGCAUUAUGUGAGGGCAGCAUGCAUGUCAGAGAUCCAAUUGGGGGCAGCACGGAAUUUCUCUUUGUGCCACUCAUCAAGCUUUUUUACACCAUGCUCAUCAUGGGCAUUUUCCAAAAUGGAGAUCUGAAGAAAAUACUCCGGCUCAUUGAGCCGUCUGUGUUCUCCGAAAGAUGCGAAUCAAGGGAAGAAAUGAUUGGGAAAGCGGAAAAGCAGACCGGGCAGGGAGAAGAAGAUGAAAUGAAAAACAUACCAAAGGAGGGACUGUUGCAGAUGAAACUACCAGAGCCUGUAAAACUUCAGAUGUGCCAUGUCCUUCAGUACCUGUGCGACUGCCAGGUGCGUCAUCGUAUAGAAGCAAUAGUAGCCUUCUCUGAUGAUUUCAUAGCCUGUCUCCAAGAGAACCAACGAUUUCGCUACAAUGAAGUGAUGCUUGCGCUGAACAUGUCUGCUGCUCUCACAGCAAAGAAGACCAAAGAGUUUCGAUCUCCACCUCAGGAACAGAUCAACAUGCUGCUGAACUUUAAGAAGGAGAUGCAGGAAUGCCCCUGUCCGGAAUACAUCCGAGAACAGCUGCUUGACUUCCAUGAGGACCUCAUGAGACACUGUGGUAUAGAGUUAUCUGAAGAUGACACACCAGAUGCGGACAGCAAUUUCACCAUUCGAGGUCGACUAAUGUCAUUGGUGGAAAAAGUGUCUUACCUGAAGAACAAAAUGGUCAACAUGCCUAAGGAAAAAACAGAUAGAAAACCCAGUACGCUACAGCAGUUGGUUUCAGAGACAAUGGUUCGUUGGGCUCAGGAGUCGGUGAUUGAGGAUCCUGAGCUCGUCAGAGCCAUGUUUGUCUUGUUGCACCGACAGUAUGAUGGCAUUGGAGGACAGGUUCGGGCUCUCCCCAGGACUUACACAAUAAACUCUGUAUCAAUAGAGGAUACUAUUAACCUCCUCGCUGCUCUUGGUCAGAUAAGGUCUUUGCUGAGUGUGCGUAUGGGCAGGGUAGAGGAGAAGCUGAUGAUAAGGGGACUGAGUGACAUUAUGAACAACAAGGUGUUCUACCAGCAUCCUAACCUAAUGAGAGCUCUGGGUAUGCAUGAGACUGUCAUGGAGGUCAUGGUGAAUGUACUCAGCGGAGGAGAUUCCAAGGAAAUAACCUUUCCAAAAAUGGUGGCCAACUGUUGUCGUUUUCUUUGUUACUUCUGUCGAAUCAGCCGUCAAAACCAGAAAGCAAUGUUUGACCAUCUCAGUUACCUGCUGGAGAACAGCAGUGUUGGCCUUGCAUCUCCAUCAAUGCGAGGAUCCACACCCCUUGACGUGGCUGCAGCAUCAGUCAUGGAUAACAAUGAGUUGGCCCUUGCUUUGAGAGAGCCGGACUUAGAGAAGGUGGUUCAGUAUCUAGCUGGCUGUGGGCUACAGAGCUGCACGAUGCUGGUGUGUAAAGGAUAUCCUGACAUUGGCUGGAACCCUGUUGAAGGAGAGCGCUACCUUGACUUCUUGCGUUUUGCUGUAUUUUGCAAUGGUGAAAGUGUGGAAGAGAAUGCCAACGUCGUGGUGAGACUUCUCAUCCGCCGACCUGAAUGUUUUGGUCCUGCACUUCGCGGAGAAGGUGGUGAUGGCUUGCUGGCCACAAUGGAAGAAGCAAUAAAAAUUUCCCUCGAUCCCUUAAGAGAUGGUCCUUCUUCUUCACCAGAAAACAGAAAUACACUGAAUGAUGGCCUAGAGGAAGAAGACGACACCAUUCACUUAGGGAAUGCCAUCAUGACCUUCUAUGCAGCUCUUAUUGACCUUUUGGGUCGUUGUGGUCCAGAGAUGCAUUUGAUACAUACUGGUAAAGGUGAAGCAAUCCGAAUCAGAGCCAUUCUACGGUCUCUGAUUCCCAUUGAAGAUCUUGUUGGUGUCAUCUGCAUUCCAUUUUCUAUGCCAAGCCUAGCUAAAGAUGGGGUGGUCUUUGAGCCAGACAUGUCAGCUGGCUUUUGUCCGGAUCAUAAAGCGGCCAUGGUGCUGUUUUUGGACCGGGUAUAUGGUAUACAAGACCAGAAUUUUCUCCUACACCUGCUAGAAGUUGGCUUCCUACCAGACCUCAGAGCUGCCGCUUCAUUGGACACUGUAGCUCUUAGUGCCACAGAUAUGGCUCUUGCCCUCAACAGGUAUCUGUGCACAGCAGUAUUGCCACUUCUGACGAAAUAUGCACCACUGUUUGCUGGGAGGGAGCCAUUUGCGUCACUGAUAGACUCCCUUCUUCACACGGUUUACCGUUUGUCGAAAGGCUGUUGCCUUACCAAAGCCCAGAGAGAUUCCAUUGAAGAAUGUCUUCUAGCAGUUUGUGGUAAGUUGAGGCCUUCAAUGAUGCAGCAUCUGUUGAGGAGGCUUGUGUUUGACAUUCCCUUGCUUAAUGAACAUACCAAGAUGCCUUUGAAGCUUUUGACCAAUCAUUUUGAGCGCUGUUGGAAGUACUACUGUCUGGCUGGAGGCUGGGGCACUUUUGGUGCCUCGUCUGAUGAAGAGCUACACCUUUCCAGGAAACUAUUUUGGGGAAUAUUUGAUGCCCUCUCUCAGAAGCCGUAUGACCUGGAGCUGUUUAAAGUUGCAUUGUCAUGCCUAAAUGCAGUGGGCGGAGCUCUUCCUCCAGACUAUAUGGAGUCCAACUAUAUGGCCAUGAUGGACAAACAGUCAUCGAUGGACUCUGAAGGGAACUUCACUCCACAGCCUGCAGACACUGCCAAUGUCGCUGUACCAGAAAAACUGGAAAAUUUUAUCGCCAGAUAUGCAGGGCAUAACCAUGAGAAAUGGUGCUUUGAAAAGUUUUCUAAUGGCUGGUCCUAUGGGGAAAAUGCAUGUGAAAUAUCAAGGAGCCACAAUUUAUUAAAGCCUUUUAAAGAACUCAAUGAGAAGGAUAAAGAGUUAUAUUGUUGGCCAAUAAGAGAGUCUCUGAAGACCAUGCUUUCUUGGGGAUGGAGCAUUAACAGGCUACGAGAGAGUGACCCAGCCACCCGUCAUAACACAUCAAGAAGCUUAUCGCAGGCCAACCAGCUAUCCUUUGAAGGACCUCAGUGCUUCAAUCCCAGACCCAUUGAUAUGACCAAUGUCACUCUGUCCAGAGAUACACAGUCAAUGGCAGAGCUGCUUGCAGAAAACUAUCAUAACAUCUGGGCCAGAAACAAGAAAAUUGAUCUCGAAGCCAAAGGUGGAGGAAAUCAUCCCUUACUAGUUCCCUUUGAUACACUGACUGCCAAAGAAAAAUUAAAAGACAGACAAAAAGCACAAGAUAUUCUCAAGUUCCUACAAAUCAAUGGUUACACAGUCACAAGAGGUGUGAAGUCACACGAGAUGGACACACCAGCCAUCGAGAAACGAUUUGCUUACACCCUCCUUCAGCGGCUCAUGAAUUACGUAGACCAGGCCCACGAGCACAUGAUAGAGUUUGAUAUGGAAGCAAGACAAAAGGGUGUAAAGAGCCCUCAUGAACAGCAGAUGAAGUUCUUUGGAAAGGUUGUCUUGCCAUUAGUGGAUCAAUACUUCAAAAACCACCGGCUGUACUUCUUAUCCACAUCCAUCCAUCCUGUUAGCAGCGGUGGACAUGCCUCCAACAAGGAGAAAGAGAUGGUGACAAGUCUUUUCUGCAAACUGGGAGUACUUGUCAGAAAUAGGAUAUCCUUAUUUGGUAAUGACGCCACAUCGAUAGUCAACUGUUUACAGAUUUUGGGGCAAAGUCUGGAUGCUAGGACAGUGAUGAAGACAGGCUUGGAGUCGGUCAAGGCAGCAUUGCAUUCCUACUUCAACAGUGCAGCAGAAGCUUUGGAAAAGACUCAAGAGAACCUGAAGCUUGGCCAAUUCACUCACUGCAAAGAACUACCCCGAAGGGUCCCUCAAAUCAUCAACUUUACCACCUUUGGUCUGCUUCCGAUCCUGUCUUCCUUAUUUGAACACAUUGGAAAGAACAACUUUGGAGAAGAUCUAAUACUGGAUGAGGUCCAGGUGUCCUGCUAUAGAAUUCUCAACAGCCUCUACUUUCUGGGAACCAAUGAAAGCAUAUAUGUAGAGAGACAUCGUCCAGCAUUAGGAAAAUGUUUGGCUGCUUUCUCAAUAGCCUUCCCAGUUGCCUUCCUUGAACCUCAUUUGGACAAAUUCAACAACUUCUCAAUCUACAACAAAAGCGCUAAAGACAGAAAUGCUCUUGGUCUGCCAGACCAGGUCACAGAAAUGUGUCCAAUUAUUCCAAAUUUGGAAAGCUCAUUGGAAGAGAUCAUCGAGAUGGCAGAAUCUGGCAUGAAAUAUACUCAAAUGCCUCAUGUCAUGGAGGUUGUUUUACCAGUUUUGUGCAGCUACAUGUCUCACUGGUGGGAACACGGUCCAGAGAACAAUCCGGAAGAAGCCGACAGCUGCUGUACAUCAGUGACCUCUGAACAUAUGAACGUAUUACUUGGGAACAUAUUGAAGAUCAUCUACAACAAUUUAGGCAUAGAUGACGGGGCCUGGAUGAAAAGACUAGCUGUGUUUUCUCAACCAAUCAUCAGCAAGGCCAAACCCCACUUGCUCAAGACCCAUUUUCUGCCUCUCAUGGAGAAGCUCAGGAAAAAAGCAGCAGUUGUGCUUGUGGAUGAAGAACAAAGCAAGGCUGAGGGGAGGGGUGAGAUUUCAGAAACUGAGCUUCUCAUCAUGGACCAGUUCGCCAUUCUCGUCAGAGACCUCUAUGCCUUUUAUCCCCUUCUCAUACGAUUUGUGGACUACAACAGGGCCACGUGGCUGAAAGAGUCUAAUCCAGAGGCAGAAGUAUUGUUCCAGAUGGUGGCUGAAGUUUUCAUCUUCUGGGCAAAAUCUCAUAACUUCAAGAGAGAGGAACAGAAUUUUGUGGUUCAGAAUGAAAUCAACAACAUGUCUUUUCUCAUCUCAGAUUCAAAGUGUAAAAUGUCUAAGGGAAUAGUUUCAUACCAGGAGAGGAAAAAGUUGAGGAGAAAUCGAGAUCGAUAUUCAACGCAGACCAGCCUGAUUGUGGCAACGCUGAAACGACUGCUGCCCGUAGGACUGAACGUUUGUGUUCCUGGUGAACAAGAACUCAUUGCUCUUGCGAAGAAUCGAUUCUCCCAGAAAGAUACUGAUGAAGAAGUGCGCGAAGUCAUUCGAAACAACUUGCACCUACAAGGAAAGUUGCAGGACCCUGCUAUUCGGUGGCAGAGGGCACUGUACAGAGACAUUCUGAAUGACAGUGAUGAAGUGUCUGACCCAGAGAAGAAUGUAGAAAGAGUUCUGGACAUUGCCCAUGUCCUCUUCCACCUUGACCAGGUUGAGCAUCCUCAGCGCAGUAAAAAGGCUGUGUGGCACAAAUUACUGUCUAAACAGAGAAAGAGAGCUGUAGUUGCUUGCUUUAGGAUGGCUCCUCUCUACAAUCUGCCCAGGCACCGGGCUGUCAACUUGUUCCUGCAGGGCUAUGAGAAAUCCUGGAUUGAGGCAGAAGAACACUUCUUUGAAGACAAACUGAUAGAGGAUCUUGCUAAAUCAGGAGAACAAGAGCCAUUCGAGGAAGUCGAAGGAGUAAAACUCAUUGACCCACUACAUCAGCUUAUCCAGCUUUUCAGUAGAACAGCCCUUACAGAGAAAUGUAAACUGGAUGAAGAUCAUCUCUACAUAGCUUAUGCGGAUAUAAUGGCCAAGAGUUGUCACGAUGAAGAAGAUGACGAUGGGGAGGAAGUCAAAAGUUUUGAAGAGAAGGAGAUGGAAAAGCAGAAGCUAUUAUACCAGCAGGAAAGGCUGCAUGACCGUGGAGCUGCUGAGAUGGUACUUCAAACCAUCAGUGCCAGCAAAGGUGAAAUGGGUCCCAUGGUGGCCUCAACUCUCAAACUGGGCAUUGCAAUUCUCAAUGGCGGAAACUCUACAGUUCAGCUGAAAAUGUUGGACUAUCUGAAGAACAGAAAUGAUGUGGGCUUUUUCCAGAGUCUUGCUGGCCUCAUGCAAUCAUGCAGUGUUUUAGAUCUAAAUGCAUUUGAGAGACAGAACAAAGCCGAAGGCCUAGGAAUGAUCACUGAGGAGGGAUCAGGUGAGAAGGUUAUGCAGGAUGAUGAGUUCACCUGCGACCUUUUCCGCUUCCUUCAACUUCUCUGUGAAGGCCACAAUUCAGAUUUCCAGAACUACUUAAGGACUCAAACGGGGAACAAUACCACAGUCAACAUCAUCAUCUCGACAGUUGACUACCUUCUAAGAGUACAGGAGUCCAUUAGUGAUUUCUACUGGUAUUACUCUGGAAAAGAUGUAAUUGAUGAACAGGGACAGAGGAACUUCUCAAAGGCAAUUGAUGUAGCCAAGCAGGUUUUCAACACACUCACAGAGUAUAUUCAGGGUCCAUGUACUGGCAAUCAGCAGAGUUUGGCACACAGUCGUUUAUGGGAUGCUGUGGUUGGGUUUCUCCAUGUCUUUGCCCAUAUGCAGAUGAAAUUGUCUCAGGACUCUAGUCAGAUUGAGUUACUGAAGAAACUGAUGGAUCUUCAGAAAGACAUGGUAGUCAUGUUGCUUUCAAUGAUGGAGGGUAAUGUAGUGAAUGGAACCAUUGGAAAGCAGAUGGUUGAUAUGCUUGUGGAAUCAUCAAACAAUGUGGAAAUGAUUCUUAAGUUCUUUGAUAUGUUCCUCAAGCUGAAAGACGUCACUUCCUCAGAUGCUUUUAAAGAGUAUGAUCCUGAUGGAAAAGGUGUCAUUUCCAAGAGAGACUUUCAGAAGGCAAUGGAGAACCAUAAACACUACACCCAGUCUGAAACAGAGUUCCUUCUCUCCUGCGCUGAAACUGAUGAAAACGAACUCCUGGACUAUGAGGAAUUUGUGAAGCGUUUCCAUGAACCAGCUAAGGACAUUGGCUUCAAUGUAGCAGUUUUGUUGACCAACUUGUCCGAGCACAUGCCUCAUGACAACCGACUUCACACCUUCCUGGAGCUGGCAGGGAGUGUUCUCAACUACUUUCAACCCUUCCUGGGAAGGAUCGAGAUCAUGGGCAGCGCCAAGCGUAUCGAGAGGGUCUACUUUGAAAUCAGUGAGUCAAGUCGAACACAGUGGGAGAAACCUCAGGUGAAAGAAUCCAAGCGCCAAUUCAUCUUUGAUGUGGUUAAUGAAGGAGGCGAAAAGGAAAAGAUGGAAUUAUUUGUGAAUUUCUGCGAGGACACCAUCUUUGAAAUGCAACUGGCCGCCCAGAUGUCAGACACAGGAGAGCGCUCUGCUGUGAAAGAGGACAGUGAGCAAGACAGGCCAGAUGUGGAAAAUCCCGAGAGGAGCUUCUUUUCAAUUACCACCAUUCGCAUGGCUCUGAUUGCACUGCGGUACAAUGCCAUGCUAUUGAUUAAGGUACUGUCUAUGAAGAGUUUUAAGAAGCAGAUGAAGAAGUUAAAGAGUAUGACAUCAAAAGACAUGGUGACCACCCUACUUUCAUUCUACUGGUCUGUAUUACAAGGCCUCCUUCAUAUUGCCUUUAGUGUAGUUCGAGGAUUUUGGAGGAUUUUCUACAAUAAUCUAUUUGGAGGCAAUCUGGGUGACGGAGCCAAGCACUUAAAGGUGUCUGAGCUACUGGCUAGCAUGCCUGAUCCCACCCAGGAUGUGGUCAGGCUGGAAGGGGAGGAAAAGAAAAGAAAAACAUCAGACAGGAGCUCCAUGAAGGAUGACCUGGCAUACUUAGCUGUCAAUCCCGGUGACACUGAGCUACUUUCAGAUAUUUUUGGCCUAGACUUACGGAGAGAGGGAGGAAAAUAUAAAAUCAGUCCCCACAACCCCAAUGCAAAUCUAACUGAAAUUCUCAACUCCCCUCUUCCUUCCCCGCCCGCUUGUGGUGCCCCAGUAGCUCCUACUCACGAGCUCAGACAAAUGCAUCAGUCAAAAAUCUCUUCCUUCGAGGAAACGAAGGAUGCAACACCAGAUACUCCAUGUGAACCAAAGAAAAAUGCUGAACAUGAAGUGAAGAAGAAAAAUGAAAAGGUGAAGUCAAAAGUGAAAAGGCGUAAGAUCUCAAAAGAUGAACCUGACUUGCAGGAGUCUGCAGUCUCAAAGAAGAUAUCUGCCUAUCAGAGGAAACUCCUGAACUAUUUUGCCAGGAACUUCUACAACAUGAGGAUGAUGGCUCUAUUCGUUGCAUUUGCCAUUAACUUCAUUCUCCUAUUCUAUAAGGUUUCAAAAUCUGCAUCAGUGAUCUCAAACACCGGAGUGGACAGCACCAUUCAAUGGGAUCCACAGGGUAGUGAGCCUCUCGUCGACAUGAAAGAAGGAGACAUGGAUGACCCAUUGAAGUUAGCCAUGGUCCAUUUUGUCUUGGAGGAGGGCAGCGGAUACAUGGAGCCCACACUGAUGAUCUUGGCCGUCCUUCACACUGUUAUCUCUUUCUUCUGCAUCAUUGGAUAUUACUGUCUCAAGGUCCCAUUGGUGAUAUUUAAGCGUGAAAAGGAAGUCGCCAGGAAGUUGGAGUUUGAUGGCCUUUACAUUACAGAGCAGCCUUCUGAGGAGGACAUAAAGGGACAAUGGGAUCGACUGGUUAUAAACACACAAUCUUUUCCAAACAACUACUGGGAUAAGUUUGUGAAGAGAAAGGUGAUGGAUAAAUAUGGGGAAUUUUAUGGUCAUGACCGAAUCAGCGAGCUUCUGGGAUUGGACAAGGCUGCCCUGGACUUCAGUGGUGCUCAUAAAAAAAGAAAGCCCAGAAAAGAUAGCUAUCUGUCUUCUGUGUUGAACUCAAUUGACGUCAAAUACCAGAUCUGGAAGCUGGGAGUGGUGUUCACUGACAAUUCGUUCCUGUAUCUUGCCUGGUAUAUGACAAUGUCUAUCCUGGGUCACUACAACAACUUUUUUUUCGCUGCACAUCUCCUUGACAUUGCAAUGGGGUUCAAGACACUGCGGACCAUCCUGUCCUCAGUGACUCACAAUGGCAAACAGCUGGUGUUAACAGUUGGCCUGUUAGCAGUGGUGGUAUAUUUGUACACUGUAGUGGCCUUCAACUUCUUCAGAAAGUUCUACAACAAGAGCGAAGAUGGGGAAUUACCUGACAUGAAAUGUGAUGACAUGUUGACAUGCUACAUGUUCCACAUGUAUGUUGGUGUGCGAGCCGGUGGAGGCAUCGGUGACCAGAUUGAGGACCCAGCAGGAGAUGAAUAUGAGAUCUACCGCAUCAUAUUUGACAUCACCUUCUUCUUCUUUGUCAUUGUAAUCCUUCUGGCAAUCAUCCAAGGUUUAAUCAUUGAUGCUUUUGGAGAACUGCGGGAUCAACAAGAACAAGUGAAAGAGGAUAUGGAGACCAAGUGUUUCAUCUGUGGAAUAGGCAAUGACUACUUUGAUACAGUGCCACAUGGCUUUGAAACACAUACCCUACAGGAGCACAACUUGGCCAAUUACCUAUUCUUUCUUAUGUACCUUAUCAACAAGGAUGAAACAGAGCAAACAGGCCAGGAAUCUUAUGUAUGGAAGAUGUACCAGGAGCGUUGCUGGGAAUUCUUUCCAGCUGGCGAUUGUUUCCGGAAACAGUAUGAAGAUCAGCUCAAUUGA